GAGGAGAGGCUGUUGGUUUAAGGGUUUGUGUCUUGAAACGUUUCGGGAAGAUGAACUGCUUGAUGAUGCCAGGGGUGCAGCCGGGAUCGCCUCGCAAGGCCCGGGGCCAGAUCCAGGUCAUCUUUGGACCCAUGUUCUCCGGGAAAAGUACUGAACUCAUGCGUCGAGUCCGACGUUUCCAGAUUGCGCAGUACAAGUGCCUCUUGAUCAAGUACGCAAAGGACACACGCUACUGUGUCAACGGAGUUUCCACGCAUGACAGGAACACCAUGGAAGCUGUAUCUGCUUGUUGCCUGAAAGAUGUGCAUCAGGAAGCUCUCAGCUCUGCUGUGAUUGGCAUUGACGAAGGCCAGUUUUUUCCAGAUAUCAUUGAGUUCUGUGAGGCAAUGGCCAACGCAGGGAAGACUGUCAUUGUGGCAGCCCUUGAUGGGACAUUCCAGAGGAAGGCAUUUGGCAACAUUUUGCACCUAGUUCCCUUAGCAGAAAGUGUGGUGAAACUGAAUGCUGUCUGCAUGGAGUGUUUUCGUGAGGCAUCAUAUACAAAAAGGCUGGGAGCAGAGAAGGAGGUGGAAGUAAUAGGAGGAGCAGACAAGUAUCAUUCUGUCUGUCGCGUCUGCUACUUCAAGAAACGACCACAGCAGCCAACAGAGAACAAAGAGAACCUACCAAGUGGCCAUAAGCAGUUGGAGCCUACUGCUUCCCGGAAAGUCCUGGGUAUUUGUCAGAACAUGCAGUGGGGCCCCUCAAAUUGAAUACAAGAUCUAAGAGACUGUGAGGUGGGCUGGGACAGGAAAGCAAUUAUCCAAACUUCAUUUUUGGCUCUAGGCUGCUUAAGCUGAGUUGUUGCAAACUACCACACUUGUGAAAGAAAACAUCUUCUGUGUAGGGAAAGCAGGACUGGAGCCCAAUGUAACAGGCUUUGGGAUUUAGGUGUUCUGUGCUGAAAACUGCUCUCUGCUGGUGAUGUCUUCUUUGCUUGGUCUCUAGAGGCAAGAUUUCUUAAUGUCCCUGUUCAACAGAAUUGCUAUUUAUUUCCUCUUGCACAAGCCUUCCUUGCAAUAUUUACUUUUGAAUAUAACUGCCAUUUCUGUUUCGGGGAACCAUAUUUCAUAUUAAGACCAGAACGCUACUCUUCAAGCUCUGUUCUCGUUGAGUAUUUGAAGUCAACUUCCUCCAAUUCCUCCAAGUCCUGGCCUGUGUCCUUUAGCAACUGGCUCAUUUCACAAUGUUGCUUGGAUCUUAAUAGCUAUGCAGCAGUUCUGUAAACUUACAGAAUGAGUCCUAGGACCAGAAAAGCCUUUCUUCAGCUGAAGUCUUUAACCUUGGAGUGUGUGGAUAGAAGUUGAACAAGAAAUACUUCAAAAAUUGACUUUAAAAGUUAGACUUUCCCAGUGGGCCUUCAGUGUCUAAUUCAGAUUUGCUGGUAGCAUCAAUCAUGUUCAGUCUUUAUGCAACUGCUAUCCCUCUAAAUGUCUGCUUCUGACAAAUUACUCUUACUGUUGUCUGCUUGGAGUGAUGAAUAAUGAUGCUGCAUUCCCUUCGACAACCAACUUAUGCUAUUGCACUUAAACAUGACCUCCAUUUCCCUUCAGGGUAGUAUGAAGAUGUGUUGUACUUGCCUGUAGGUUUCAUGUAAAUGAAAGGUUGUUUUUAAGUAAUGUUGUCUUAAUAAAAAUGUUAAUAUUCA